GACAUUUGAAAGCUGGCACAGUGAGCACGUCUGGACGGUAUACACAGUGCCUCUCCAUCCCAUUCUGACUGAAAUAUACUGUCACGGGAACGACUAGCAUGGAACUGAAUGAUGCUAACCUACAGACCCUCACCGAGUUCCUUAGGAAAACACUGGACCCAGAUCCAGCAGUCAGGCGUCCAGCUGAAAAGUUUCUUGAAUCCGUGGAAGGAAACCAGAACUACCCCUUAUUGCUACUUACCUUGUUGGAAAAAUCUCAAGACAAUGUGAUUCGAGUUUGUGCAGCUGUUACAUUCAAAAACUACAUCAAAAGAAACUGGCGCAUUGUUGAAGAUGAACCAAACAAAGUCUCGGAUCCGGACCGGACAGCAAUCAAAGCAAACAUAGUGAAUUUGAUGCUGAGCAGCCCAGAACAGAUUCAGAAACAGUUGAGUGAUGCCAUCAGUAUUAUAGGACGGGAAGAUUUCCCUCAAAAAUGGCCAGACCUGCUUACAGAGAUGGUGACCCGCUUCAGAAGUGGAGACUUCCACAUCAUCAACGGUGUGCUUCGUACAGCACAUUCCCUCUUCAAGAGGUAUCGCCAUGAAUUCAAGUCAAAUGAGCUUUGGACAGAGAUCAAACUAGUACUGGACACAUUUGCCCUACCUCUGACAGAGCUGUUCAAGGCAACUAUUGAGUUGUGUCAGACUCAUGCUACAGACAUUAAUGCCUUGAAGGUCCUCUUCUCUUCAUUAACACUCAUCUCCAAGCUUUUCUACAGUCUUAAUUUUCAGGACCUUCCAGAGUUUUUUGAAGACAACAUGGAAACCUGGAUGACCAAUUUCCACGGCCUUCUGACUUUGGAUAACAAACUCUUACAAACAGAUGACGAGGAGGAAGCAGGUUUACUGGAGCUGCUGAAAUCACAGAUCUGCGACAACGCUGCUCUUUACGCUCAGAAGUACGAUGAAGAAUUCCAGCCGUAUCUGCCGCGAUUUGUCACAGCCAUCUGGAACCUUUUAGUUUCCACUGGCCAGGAAGUCAAAUAUGACCUGCUGGUAAGCAAUGCCAUUCAAUUCUUGGCAUCUGUCUGUGAAAGGCCACACUACAAGCAUCUAUUUGAGGAUCAGAAUACACUCACUAGCAUUUGUGAGAAGGUCAUUGUGCCCAACAUGGAGUUCAGAAGUGCUGAUGAGGAGGCGUUUGAGGAUAACUCUGAAGAAUACAUCAGAAGGGACCUUGAAGGAUCAGACAUCGACACUCGCCGCAGGGCAGCCUGUGACUUGGUCAGAGGCCUCUGUAAGUUUUUCGAGGGACCUGUCACUGCGAUCUUCUCUGGAUAUGUGAACUCGAUGUUAUCAGAGUACGCCAAGAAUCCUGGAGAGAACUGGAAACAUAAAGAUGCUGCCAUUUACCUGGUCACAUCACUGGCCUCUAAAGCACAGACACAGAAGCAUGGAAUAACACAAGCCAAUGAGCUGGUGAAUCUGAAUGAGUUCUUUGUGAACCACAUCCUCACCGACCUUAAAUCCCCCAACGUUAAUGAGUUCCCUGUGCUGAAGGCAGAUGCCAUCAAGUAUGUCAUGAUCUUCAGAAGCCAGCUGCCUAAGGAGCAGCUGCUGCAGGCAGUACCUCUGCUGAUAAGUCACCUGCAGGCAGAGAGCACAGUGGAGCACACAUAUGCUGCCCACGCUUUGGAGAGGCUGUUCACCAUGAGAGGCCCAAACAACACCACACUUAUCAGUCCUGCAGAAAUGGCACCAUUUACUGAACAGCUGCUCAACAACCUGUUCAAAGCGCUGGCCUUCCCUGGCUCUGCAGAAAAUGAAUACAUCAUGAAAGCCAUCAUGCGCAGCUUCUCCCUGCUGCAGGAGGCCAUUGUUCCCUACAUUCCCACUCUGAUUGGUCAGCUCACUCAUAAGCUCCUCUUAGUCAGCAAGAAUCCCAGCAAGCCUCACUUCAACCACUACUUGUUUGAGUCGCUGUGCCUUUCUGUCCGGAUCACCUGCAAAGCCAACCCCACCACUGUGAGCAGCUUUGAGGAAGCGCUCUUCCCUGUCUUUACUGAGAUCCUCCAGAAUGAUGUCCAGGAGUUUCUUCCAUACGUGUUCCAGGUGAUGUCUCUCCUUCUAGAGAUCCACUCCAACUCUAUUCCCUCAACCUACAUGGCUUUAUUCCCUCACCUGCUGCAGCCAGUGCUGUGGGAGCGGACAGGAAACAUCCCCCCUCUGGUGCGCCUGCUUCAGGCUUACAUGGAGAAGGGAGGGGCCACUAUUGCUGCUUCUGCUGAAGAUAAAAUUCCUGGCUUACUUGGAGUGUUCCAAAAGCUCAUUGCCUCUAAAGCCAAUGACCACCAAGGCUUUUACCUCCUCAACAGUAUCAUCGAGCACAUGCCCGCAGAAUCAAUCACUCAGUACAGGAAACAGAUCUUUAUUCUGCUCUUCCAGAGGCUACAAAGCUCCAAAACCACCAAGUUCAUCAAAAGUUUCUUGGUCUUUAUUAACUUGUAUGGCGUCAAAUAUGGAGCUAUUGCACUUCAGGAGAUUUUUGACAGCAUCCAGCCAAAAAUGUUUGGUAUGGUGUUGGAGAAAAUAAUCAUCCCUGAGGUUCAGAAGGUGUCUGGUGCAGUUGAAAAGAAAAUCUGUGCUGUCGGCAUCACAAAGGUCCUUACUGAGUGUCCUGCGAUGAUGGACACAGAGUACACCAAACUCUGGACCCCUCUGCUCCAGGCCCUCAUUGGCCUAUUUGAGUUGCCAGAAGACGACAGCAUCCCAGACGACGAGCACUUCAUCGACAUUGAAGACACACCAGGCUAUCAGACUGCCUUCUCACAACUGGCCUUUGCAGGAAAGAAGGAGCAUGACCCGAUUGGAGAUGCUGUUGGCAAUCCCAAGAUCCUUCUGGCCCAGUCGCUCCACAAACUUUCUACGGCUUGUCCAGGAAGGGUUCCAUCGAUGCUGAGCACCAGUCUGAAUGCGGAAGCCCUCCAGUACCUGCAGGGGUAUUUACAAGCAGCCACUGUGCAGUUAGUUUGAAACCGAUGCGAUGGUGUUCACGUAUUAAGGAUACCACAAUACGGUGCAGGAGGAACCACAGUGAGCUCAGGUCACAUGGCAGAACUGCUUCAGCUGAACUUGAGUCCUUACAGAUUUGGUUUGACAUGACGAUUUAUGACGGAUUGACCAGAGAAGUUGUGAUUUUGCUUGAGUUGCGGAUGUAUUCUCUGAUGGAGGUAUUUUUUUAAGGGUUUUUAAAGACAUGACCAAAAGUUGACUAGACUGAAUUACUGUUUGCGUUUCGGCCGUUUGUUGGCUGCGUGGCGAAACAAAGAUAUGGAUAUCUACGUAUGAUACAAUCACUUUAUUUCAGUAACAGCAGCAGAGGUACAUCUCAGCAGUAUUGUGGAACAUCUAAAUCACUUGGGAGGGAUUUCUUUAGCGCUUUUUUGUAUGUUUGAAUUCCUUUUUAUGAUAAAUGAUUCUGUAGUCUGUGGCUCAAACAUAAUGCUAGAUAUUUUUCUGUUGCAUGUUUCCUGUAGAUGUGUUCCUGUCUAGUCUUUGUUUCUGCACUGUUUGUUAAUGUGAAUAAAAAGAGGCACUUGUAUAGA